ACAACUGUAAUCGCUACUCAGAAAAAAUGGCGAUUUCUUAAGACGGCUGACGCUUUACCUUUACACAACACGGACAAAAUUUUAACACUAAAAUACUGUUCUAUACCGCAAUUAAACAAAAGAUGCGCGCUGAACUUGGUCCGAACACUUGUCGUGUGUGCUUAGAGCCCAGCCAACGUUUACAACGGAUUGAUGAAUCCCGCGAGGAGGGUGAGGAGACCCCAAAUGAAAUGCUUAUACAGCUCCUGGGCAUUUCUUUUAGUAAGUUGAAUGGUAAGGAUCAGAUCCCUGAUGGUAUUUGCAAACCAUGCAAGGUGGAGCUCAAUAUGGCAUUCCAGUUUCGUGAGAAGGCUUUGCGCAAGCAAGCGGAAAUUGAAGACUAUUGUCGCGAACUGGGCCUCUUAGAUGAAGCCGAGGAUUACCUUGUAAAGGAAGAGUUUGGUUCACAGCAUCACCAACAAGAUGAUGAGAUGAAUGAAUUUGUGAUGACUGAUGCACAAAGUUCGGGUCAUGCCGAGGUUGAGGAUCAUGUACAGGGCGAUGAAUUUUUGGAAGUCGAUGGCUCCCACGAACAGCAAGAAGUCAUAACAGAUGAUAUUGAGUACUUGGAGGACAACUAUACCAUAGAAAUGAAUCCUGAGCAUGGUGAUGUCGUCCUUGAGACGAAAUAUGAAAACACGGUAACGCAAGGCGACAUUAAAUUGAGGCGUGGUCGAACACGGUUCGGCAUGAAUAUAGUAAAGUCCGAGCAAGGGGGAUUACAGCAUCAAUAUGGCCUGGAGGCUGCAGUGGUUGACAUCAAACCGAGGCGUGGGCGGCAACGGCCUGGCCUUAACUCACUGCGAACAUCGGAUGGAAACGAGAAAGGUGGCUAUGUUUGUGAUGUAUGUGGGAAUUUCUAUGAGAAGCGUGGACGCAUGAUGGAACAUCGUCGGCGCCACGAUGCUAUUUGCCAAUAUCAGUGCGAACUCUGUGAAGCCAAGUUCCAGGUUCGCGAACAGCUGCGCAAGCACAUGUACUCCCACACAGGAAGCAAGCCCUAUAAGUGCAGUUUCUGCAGUCGUCAAUUCUUCUACGAGAGCGUGCUGAAAUCGCAUGAAAAUGUGCAUCGCGGCAUCAAGCCAUAUGUGUGCAAAGUAUGCGACAAGGCUUUCGCAUACGCUCACUCUUUGACGAAGCACGAGCUUAUACACUCCGACAUCAAAUUGUAUCGAUGCGACUACUGCCAAAAGGAUUUCCGCCUGCUACAUCACAUGCGCCAACACGAGGAGACCAAAUGUCAUCAGAAUGCAGUUAUGCUCGCCGAGACAUUGAAAUACGAUCGCGAGGAGCAGGACGUUGAGCUACUGGCUGUGGAUGAAAUUAAGGACGUCAAACUGCGAAUAUCACAGCCACAUUUGCUCUCUUAGGCACAUUUUCUUUAUCACCUUUGGACACCACAGCGUAUA